GCGGAUCCGGGGCUCAGCGGAGCUAAGGCGGCGGCGCCCGCCCGCGCAGCCCGCUCGCCGGCGCCUGGCUCUCACAAUGAUGAAGAAGAAGAAGUUUAAGUUUAAGGUGGACUUCGAGCUCGAGGAGCUCUCCUCGGUACCCUUCGUCAAUGGGGUCCUCUUCUGCAAGAUGCGGCUGCUGGACGGCGGCAGCUUCACCGCGGAGUCCUCCAGGGAAGUGGUUCAAGCAAACUGCGUUCACUGGAGAAAGAAGUUCUCAUUUAUGUGCAAAAUGAGUGCCAGUGCUGCCACAGGAAUCCUCGACCCAUGUAUCUACAGAGUAUCUGUGAGGAAGGAAUUAAAAGGUGGAAAAGCUUAUGCAAAGCUGGGCUUUGCAGAUCUAAACCUGGCAGAGUUUGCUGGAUCAGGAAAUACCACUCGUCGCUGUUUACUGGAAGGCUAUGAUACCAAAAAUACAAGGCAGGAUAAUUCCAUUCUUAAAGUUUUGAUCAGUAUGCAGCUGAUGUCUGGUGACCCAUGUUUUAAAACACCUCCCUCUACAUCGAUGUCAAUACCAAUUGCUGGUGAAUCUGAGUCUCUGGAAGAAGACAGGAAAGGUGGAGAGACUCUCAAAGUCCAUCUUGGAAUAGCAGAUCUUUCAGCAAAAAGUGCCUCUGUUCCAGAUGAACUUGGUGCCUGUGGACAUUCCAGAACAUCAAGCUAUGCAAGCCAGCAGUCAAAAGUAUCAGGGUAUAGCACAUGUCACUCCCGGUCAUCAAGUUUCUCUGAGCUCUGCCACAGGAGAAAUACCUCAGUGGGAAGUACAUCAACAGGAAUUGAAAGUAUUCUAGAGCCAUGUGAUGAAAUUGAGCAAAAAAUAGCUGAUCCAAAUCUUGAUGUAGCUGAUAAAGAAGAUGUAGCCUCUGAAAAACUCAACAGAUGCCCAAUGAACCAGGAUUCUGUAGAAUCUCAGAUGAAGCGAGUUGAUGACACCAGAGUGGAUGCAGAUGAUAUUGUGGAAAAAAUAUUACAAAGUCAAGACUUCAGCCUAGAUUCCAGUGCAGAAGAAGAAGGACUGAGGUUAUUUGUGGGUCCUGGUGGAAGUACAACCUUUGGCAGUCAUCAUCUUCCAAACAGGGUGGGGUCUGGAGCUUAUGAACAAGUUGUGAUCAAACGCUAGCAGUCAAGCCGGAGAUCUGAAGCUUCCCUGUGGAUUUAAAGUGUGGGCAGUUGAUGUAUGGAGGCAUUUUAGUCGAGCACUUAAAAGGAAUCUGUGAACCUCAUCUGUCAAGAAGAAAGCCAAAGCUGAUUUCGUCUCCAAAAGCGCCCACCUUCCCCACCCAGUGAGAAGGAACAUCUGAAUGGUAUUCUCAAGGCAGUGUGCCAGAGUGUGCCUUGGAGGUGCACUGCUCCUGUGGCUACUGCACAUGACAGUGAAAAACUGUUCUUUCUUUCAAAAUACCCAAUGGAAAAACAGCACUAGAUAUGUCUGAGUAUAAUUUUAGUAUUCAAGAGUAAAAUCUGUGAUAGAGGUGCUCAAUAGAUUGGGCUGUAUGUUUUUUAUUUUAAUUUUACAUUUUAGAUAUAAGUGAAUAUAAUUUAAAUUUAAACCCUUAUAAAUUCUGUCAAGAUAGUUAUUAAGUCCUCUUAAGGAAAUAUUCCAUAUUAUACUACCUAAGGUAUUAUACUGUUUAUUAACUCAUUUUGAUGCAAUAAUUGAUAUAAAGUGUGGGUGUUCAUGCUUUGGGAAAAUGUUUUACUACAAUAACAUAAAAUGCUUAAAAUUAAUAUAAAUAUGUCAGUCAUAAAUCAAAUGACAAGUGUGUUUUAAGUCUGAGGUAGGUAAAUGGAUGUGAUAUUGUUAUUAUGUGGUAUAUAGUAUUGUUAUUUGUCAUUAACAUUAGAUGAGCUGUAGAAUCCCCACUAGCACUAUACGUGAAGAUUUAAAAUAAGCUUAAUAUUCAAUAUGUUAGGCCACCAUAAGGCACCCAAACAGAAGAACUAUUUUAAUUCACUGAAUUAAGACCUGCUGGUUUCAACAGUCAAAAUUUAGAACACGAGAAAAAUUGUGAUAUGAUCUGAAACAGAGCAUCUUUUUCUGUGAAAAUUCAGGCUUGUCUAAAGCUGAAACUUACUCUGACAUGGUAGUAGGUAGAAAAUAGGAAACAGCUACUUAACAUUACUGAGCUGAAGGAUUGGUAGUUUUCCAUUUUAGCUUCCUAUGGUCAGAUAUUAUGGUUUCUUCUUUACUAUAUCAAAAAUUAAUUGUUUUGAGGCAAGAGUAGACUGUAAUAUACAUCAAAUAUGGCUUUAAAAUAUGAAUAUCUCGUCUGGUUUCAGUUUCACAGCACAGCAUAUAAACUUUAGAGGUUUUCUGCUCUUAUAUGACCGUCUCCAUGUGGAAAGAUCAAAACCUUUUUGGAAUCAAAUAAAAACUCAAAUCACUGAAGAAAAACAGAUUCCUUAGAACCAUUGAUGUCCCAGUCCUUAAUUUCGAAAUCAUGUUCAAGAAAGAAAAUGUCAGAAUAAAAUUGGUCUAGCUUUCAUGUUGGCAAAAUAUCCAAAUUUAAAGGUUCGGAAAAAAAAAUAGAAAAGUUCAUGUUAGGACUUUUUUUUUUUUUAAUUUCAAAGAUUGGGUAUCCCAUAUUAAUAAAUUUUUACAAAUAGAUUCUGAAAUUUUUAAAAUAUUCUGAAUUCUUAAAUUAUUUAGAAUAUUUUGGAUGUUGAAAAGGUUUUAUAAGUCCAAUAUUUUUUUUAUUUUUUAAGAUAUAUUUUGAAGGCCAUGUGCAGUAUAGCACACGCCUGUAAUCCCAGCAACUCAAGAGGUGAAGGCAGGAGGAUCCCAAGUUCAAGGCCAGCCUCAGCAAUUUAGCAAGGCCCUAAAUAAUUUGAGAGACCCUGUCUCAAAAAAUAAAAAGGACUGGGGAUAUAGCUCAGUAGUUAAGCACCCUGGGUUCAAUCCCUAGUAUCAAAAAAUAAAAUAUAUAGAUAUUGAAGAAAAACGAUUGACCUGAAUAUUUUAGUGAAAUUAUGCUUGGUUAGUUCUCUUAGUCCAAAUAAAGAAAAUGAUUUAUUAAGAGGUAAGGACUCCACUGUUCUAUACAACUACAGUGCACUGGUUUUUAAAAAUGUGGAAAGAAAAAAGAAAAAUCCAAAGCAACAGUGACUGUGAAACUGAGCAAAAAGGAAGAAAGACUUGUCUGUCUUCAAGUGAACUGAUCCUUAUUACAUAUUAUGGAAAGAAGCAAAGUUUUAGAGAUAGGAAGAUAGAAGAUAUUGUUUAAAGAGAUAUUUAUUAUGACAUUUUUUAAAACAUAUUUUUCUAUUUUCAAAAUAUUGUUUCUAGGCUAUAUUUUUAUUGGCAUUUUGGCAGAUGAUUUUGCAGUUUUAAAAAUGAUAAAACUAGAUUAUAAGCAUGGUUCAGUGAGGAUACUCCUCAGACCUGUAAAAGGUGCUUUAGUCAAGGCAGUGCCCCUGUCUUACUCAUCCCUAGCUGCCCCUGGCCCUGUCUUUAUUCAGAUUAGUUCUUGGUAUUUAAAAUGGUACAGAAUGCUUUUUUUAAAAAUGAAAUGUGAAGAGAUUUUAAAAGCAUGAAAAUCAUGCAUUUAUAAUUUUAGCAGCCACCAAACCCAUCUUGAGUUAUAUAGUAGUAAAUAUAAAAAAAAUUAAUAAGCAGAAACAUUAGUUAAGAAGUUAAGAGGGGAAAAAAAAACUUAAUGGCCAUGACCUUUGCAGUCAACGUCUGGAUUCAUUUUAUUUAUUCUCAUAUUCCAUUGGAAUACUUUGCAUUCAAAUUUCGCUACAGUCCUAUCAGAAUAUUUAUUAAGGGUUGUUAAGAGUUAAGUGCCUUCCUUACUACUAUAGUUUUUCUUUCCCUAAAACUUGUAUUGUUAAUCUCAUGUAGCUAAUGAAAACAAAAAAAGCUGCUUAUUAAAUACAAAGUCCUGGGCUGGGGAUGUAGCUCAGUGGUUCAGUGGUAGAGAAUUUGCAAGUCCCUGGGUUCAAUCCCCAGGGCUGGGAGAGUGGGGGUGGGUGAUAUAUAUAAAGAAAGAGACUGUGUGUGUAUAUGAUAUCUAUAUAUAUCUAUAUCUAUCUAUCUAUCUAUAUAUGAUAUAUACUUAUAUCAUAUACACACACACAAAGUCCACUUUUUAAGUUUAGAUAAUUGGACUUUGAAACUUUUGAUUUUGUUUUAAUAAAAUGGAUUUUGAAAAGUAGAUUCUUAAUAAAUUAAUUUUUAAAUAUUAAAGUCAAACUUCAAAUAGCCCAGUGUUAGAUAAUUUGCAAAUAUGUAACACUUUUUCUAGUUCUGUCUGAGAGAAAAAGACUAAUGGCAAUUUAAAGCUACAUGUUUGGGAUGAGAUAAAUAAGAGUCUUAAAUAUCUUGUUGAGAAGCAUACACAGGCCAGUUAGGAGAUGCUCUUCCUGUGACUUGAACUGAUGUUGACUGAGACAGACAGGAUAUGAAGGAAGGGUAGCACCGGGCAGAGAAGGCCCUGGGCCAUCAGUUUACACUUUAAAGGUUGACUCCCCUUCGUAGUCUUCUGUGUAAAGGCUUCUGUGUACAAACAACUAGUAUACAUUAGUAUUUAUGAUCUGAAAAAGUCUUGACCAAUAAUUCUAAACUCUACCUUCCCAUUCCAGCAUAAAAUUAUCAGAAUAAUAUCCAAAUUAGAUUCUUCUAUAUAUGCUUUUUUGAACAAAACUGUGAGCCACAAAUGUUGACCACUUAGCUCUUUUGUUGCUGCAAGGAAAAAAUAAUCUUCAACUUGCCUCCAUUCAAAAUGUAUUCAAGGGGCUGGGGAUGUGGCUCAAGCGGUAGCGUGCUUGCCUGGCAUGCGUGCGGCCAGGGUUCGAUCCUCAGCACCACAUACAAAACAAAGAUGUUGCUGGGGAUGUGGCUCAAGCGGUAGCGUGCUUGCCUGGCAUGCGUGCGGCCCUGGUUCGAUCCUCAGCACCACAUACAAAACAAAGAUGUUGUAUCCGCCGAUAACUAAAAAAUAAAUAUUAAAAUUCUCUCUCUCUCUCUCUUUAAAAAAAAAAUGUAUUCAAAUUCAGGCAGGAAUGAGUUUUAAUAACUUAAAGAUCCCAGAGUAAUUUUAGACUUUCAGGUUUCCAUGCUAACUAAACUGCUUUGCAAGCUAUAAAAUAUUUCAAUGCUCUGAAGUGCUCUGAAGUAUUAGGCUUACAGUAUGACAAAUCCAUAACAAAUCUCUGAGAGACAGACUGGGCUCAUAUGAUGGGGUUGCAUUCUAUUUUCUUAACAAGGCUUUAAUUUGGGCAGUUCUGAAAUUAUGCUUGGUCAGUUCUCUUAGAUGGUACGUCAUGUGAAUAUAAUCAAGUACAGUAGUUGAAAUGAUAAGCCGCUGUUCAUAUGUUGGCUUAGGUACUAUGCAUAAUGUUAAUAGCUGAGAUGUUAAAAAAUAUAAAACAUAAAGAGUAAAAUAUUCCUGCAUUAAGCCUAUUUUAAGACUGCCCUGAAAAUAAAGGCCUUGUUCUCUUAAAUAUGUGAUUUUCAUAAGAUAAUGUAUACAUACUGUAUUUUAAAUGGUCAUGUGGGUGGUCUUCCCAUGUGACAAAGCUGAUAAAAUUUUUAAUUUACAUGCAAUGUAUUCUGCAUUUUCAAAUGUUUGUUUAUGUAUAUAACAGAAAAUUCUCUAGCUGAUCUUCAUUGACCAAAUCCCACACAAGGGAAGACAUUUUAGAGUAUAUACAAAUUUUGGUUUUUUUGGAAAUAGAUCUUAUUUGGGGAUCACUUUCCUCUUGUGUGUUUAUUUGACCCUUUGGUUGAUUACCUACAACCUGUAUUAACUUCUAAUCAAUCAGUUUAUGAAAAAUACUAUUGGUGGCAGGGGACUGGCUCAGUGAUAGAGCACUUACAUAGUAUGCACAAGGCCAUGGGUUUAAUCCCCAGCACCACCAAAAAAAAAAAAAAAAAAAAAAGGUUAUUGAAGUGAUUCCAUCAGUAUGCUAAUACUUGGAGAAUGAACUUCAUAUUUAUAUAUUUCCUUGUUUCAAACUGUACAAUGAUAAUCCAGGCAAUGUUUCUUUUUUUAACAAAAAAAAUUUAUUUGUAAAAUGUUUGUAAUGUAAAGAUGAAUCUCAUACAUGUUCAAUAAAAUAUAUAUCAAAAGUUUAGGUGUUCUUUUUAUUUUAAAAUUAAUAUUCUGUCAUAAAACUGUGCCAAGGUAAGAAAAUAAAUAAAUAUAACUUUCUUGA